UAUUCAAUUACCUCCGAGUGUUGUUCGGUAUACGAGGGGACUGACAGUCGUUAACACUCGAUAUAUGGUUUAAGUACAUGUGGUAGAUAGGUGAGUAAGUCUCUUGUUACAACAAAAAUAGAUCUUCUGUUUCUGUAUUUCAUGUGGAGAAAAGAUCACAGGACGGAUAUGAACAGUCGUCAGACAGACACCCGACUUGGUACAGCAUCACAUUAUAACCAACGGGGGACCGUCCGAAACAGAAAUUGAACCGAGGGUCCUAAACAACACUACAACCAAGCAGGUCAAGAGCAAAGGAAAAAGCGGGGCGUCCGGAGGAUUAUAACGAGAGCUGCAUGUGUUCUUGGAAUAUCUGUGUUCCUGGAGACCGUGAGAUGUUAUAACCGGAUACAGAACUAAACAAUACAAUACAGGGACAGCGUGACUUCUUGAUGAGGACAAUGGUAUAUGUAUUCCCAGGACAGAAUAGUUUGAACAGGACAAACGAUUUUUACUUCACCAAGCCACAGUUUCAGUAUGUGUUCUAGACGGAAUAACAUAUCUUUACGUACUGACUGUUUACUUCACCCGGAACACACAUACUGCAGUGAGUAGCGACUCUGGAGUUUACAGCGCUGUCCAGUACGUUUGGAUCAGCUUACAUUAGGGGCUACACGGAUUGUUUACAUCUGUAGUGCAAAUGAUGUAGAGACAGCGAAGACAAACGUGGACUGUUGGCGUUUGACAUUAUUUUAAAAACAAAAAUGCGUUUGAAAUGGAAAAUAUGAUUUUCAAACAGAAUGAGCUUGAUUUAAUUUAAAUCAAUACUAAACCAGCACUGAUAUUAACAGAAUCACUACUGGUUCUAACAGCAAAUACAAAAACUGUGUCAGGAGGAUGACUAUAUAUUUAAAGGAAAAUACGUUGGAUUUUAGGAAUUUAAACUUGGCACAGGAGCACUUUUUAUACAUGUUUUACACCCGGAUCUCAUUGUCACUUUACAACAUUGUAUGGAUCAAUGUCAAUCCCGUCCACUCCAACGUUUCCGCGUCGUGUCACGGAAAACAAACACAUACAGUGCAUAGUCAAGGACUGACUCGAAAACUCUUGAUUUGGCUGUGAUUGUUACUAAGGCACAACUAAUAAAAGUAAUCUUUUUUCAAAGACCACUGUGACCCUCCUGGGAGAAUCUUUUAAAGAAGUAUUCCUUACCGAGAGGAAAAGGAACCUUGACGCCGUGAGAAGUUCUAUACACAAAACAACUUUGCCGAAAUACGACCAACAGCGAGCACUUAAGAAGGUAUCGAUAAUGGAUACGCUAAGAGUGGGCCAUGUUACGGGUAUACACCCCCGCGUCGUCCCACCCCACGACAACCGGAAGGAGUCCGCUUACUCGUCAAUCACACGCUGACGGCCUCAGACGGCAGAUCGUGGACAUGGUCCAGCAGCAAGGUCUGACCACCUCGAUAUCGGAUACAGUCGGACAGACCUCCGGACAGACAACAGCAGAACCGACGGACCAGCCGUUGGAACCGACACCUACACCGGAACCGACAACCGUCAUUUAUCAAAUCAGGAAAAAAGGCGGGAUCGCCAGUACCAAGCAAGCAGACGACAGAACUGACAAGAAAAACGACAAUUUAAAAAAGAUUCAUUUAAAAAUUUUACGUGAGACUAGAGGUCGUGGGUCACGUUCCUUUCCCGCUAUUGACGAUCAAUUUCGGGACAGUCCAAUAAAUGACGAGAACCGAAAAGACCCGUUCAAGCGACCCAAAACAAUAGCAGCCGGGGAUACCAAACCUAGUGCUGUUCCAAAAGUGUCGUUCAGAUUAAAUGACACUAAACCCCAACCUUUGGCAGAAUCAUCCAAUACCGGGAUGCAGUCAAAUGUGAAUAAUUCAGUUGAUUCCAAGUAUGAAAUUCGUGGUAGUGCGAUUCGGUCUAGCAGGGACAACAAAUCAGCGCCUGCGUAUCGCUCAUCAGAGGCUUCCAAACGUCAUAUGACAAUUCACACGUCAUUACAGCUGUUUAAACGGAAGUUAAAAUUGAACCACCCCGACAGCUACAUACAGCCAAACGUGAGCACUAACGAUUCUGAUUACGUCAUACGGAGGGUACCCCUCAAGUAUGACAGGUCGGGUGGUCGAAUAACUUCAAUGACUUCUCCCUCCCCACUGGAGCCUCGACUACAAGUGAUAUCUUCCGUUCCACGGCGUUCAAAAACGCCUGUCAAUCAACUGAAUGCUAUGGCGCCCGGAACACUUCUCAGUCGGCCCACAAGCGGGACGGAAGUGAGUCUGGUUGGCGAGGAAAAGAAAAUCCGAUGUUCGUAUCGACUUCCGGAUAACUUUAACUGGAGCAAGGAAGUGUCUUUCCGGGACGAUACGGAAAUGAUUCCGAACGUCAAUACGUACGUUGUGGAGGAAGGUCUCAAAAAGGCGACUCGGAAAUACGACGGCCAUGCGACACUAAGUACCCACAAUCUUGACGUACAUAAUGCCCUUACCUCUAAUAAUGACCGCAAAGUAAAACUGGGCGAGGGUGAUGAGGAGUUUGACCCACGAUUCGCCCGCUGGUUAGAGGAAUCUAAUCUGACUUACAAACCUAAUGUGCGCGCGCAUUCCUCCCCCGGUGUCCGGUUACGUCCGCCAGACCUAGACGGACACGAGACAGACAACGUUCACGUGCCACAUGACUUAGUAGAGGUUAGGUGUAAAACGCCCUUCCCAGACACGGAACAACCGACAUCAAACCGAGGCUAAGUCGACAGCGCAUGCGCAUGUUAACCAAAUGUUCUUCCGGCAGGAAUACGUGUGUUGUCCCGGUGAUGCUGAUUGGCACAUGAUCUUCUGAAUAGUAUAUCGGAAAAAACACGUGUCUGUUUAGCCAGUGUUUGUUGUACACCUCUGUCUCGUUUGAGAAACGGACUUGAUCAUUGCCAUUUUUUACAAUCAGAAAAGUCAUUUAGUACAUGUAUAUAAAUUCAAAAUUUCAUUUUCAUCGGGUUUUUUGUGAAGAAGACAAUUUCAUAAAGAGGAUUUGAUACCGGUAUGUUUUAGUCUGGUUUGAUGGAGAUUUCAUUACUGUGAUUAUCAGUCUGUGAUAUUAUGCUGUAGGUAUUUGCAGAAUACGUACAACGUAUUACAGUUUUAGUAAUUUAAGUUUUGUGAAAUGUCUCAGCAUCACCAGCAUACAAGGACAACUGUGUCCAGAAAAUAUUUUUUAUUUUUAUUUAAGAACUGUUUUGACAACUACAACCAGUAAACGAAAUCCCGAAAAUGAAAGUGAUCUGUAGCAUCGUUAGGUAUCAUACAAAAAUAGAUCCGUGAAUCUGAUCGGUGUAAAGAUCUCCACACUUUAAACAUUCGGUUGCCUUAUCCAUGGAUCUAUGUGUAUUAAUUAAAAUUCUGUUACUGGAAUGUUUCCACAUAUUUCUCUGGAUUUUUCUCCGACAGUGUAGGUUUAUCGCGGUCUUAACGGUUGAACCGGUUGGACUAGGAUUGUUCGUUUAUGAAUUAAGGUUGGACCCAGUAAUCUGAUGCUGCUUUCAGGCGAGUCUGACCAAGCCUUGUAAGGCCUGCAUAAGCUUUUGAAGGUUCGCCAAGAUUGAUACCCGAAAAUGUUACAUUUAAAAAACGGACGUACCGGUUGUUCCACAUAAACGAACAGCCCAGGAUAGAUAUCAUUAAAUUCUGCAAGGAAGUUGGAGUUACCUCCCUUGUAACGUUAUCUGCGUUGCACGUAGUCCAAACACAAACAAACAUUGUUAAACUACGCAAAUCACUUAAAUCCAUUCAAAGACAAUUACUUCCUAUUAUACUUGUAUUACGAUUAUCUUGGAUUAUGUGUUAUCCUUUACACGGAGCCAUUUUGACAGAGAUUUAAACCUGAAUAUGUUCCUAGUUUCAUAAAGUAACUUGAUGUAAGAUUUCCCCCAGCUUAAUCUCUACAACGAAAUUUUAACGGAUUUACCAUAGUUAAUACUGUUUCGUAAAGUCUGAGCCGUGUGAUGUAAAGCCCUAGUUGUGCUUUUGGGGUUGUCAAGCUAAAAAAUACUCGAAGGGUUCAAGGGGUGUGUCUGGUUCCUGAUGUUUCUUUGGCAAGUUAGAUUUCCUAAUUUCUCUAGAGUUAAGGAAAUAUCUAAAUCAAAACCUUAUGAAACUAAGACCCGAGGGUUAUAGCAGCAUUUUAUUCAAUAAGACGUUAAGCAUGUCGAAUGAUAUAUCUAAGAGCGUGGAUGAAGGUUUGACACGAUAACGCAAGGUUUCUGAGUCUGAGGUAGGUUUAUCGUGACCAGCGCAAAAGCCACAAAGUGGAACUCGUGGAUCCGGUGUGUUCUCGGGGCGGGUUUCAUAGCACCCAACAAAUGAGUCAUGGGUUCGGGUUCGGGGCUGGGGGAGGUGGGUAGGGUUUUGUUUAUCAUACCAAACAAAGGUAUUUAGGUCCCGGGUUUUAUCAUCACAAACAUAGGGAUUUUGAGUCUGGGGAAAGUUAAUCACAACAAAAACCAAGGAAUCCAAAACCUGGUAAUGUUUUGACCAAUCGGAGAGGGAAUCUGGUUUCCGGUAAUGUUUUGACCAAUCGGAGAGGGAAUCUGGUAAUGUUUUGACAAAUGGUAGAGGGAAUCUGGUAAUGUUUUGACCAAUCGGAGAGGGAAUCUGGUAAUUUUUUGACCAAUCGGAGAGGGAAUCUGAUAAUGUUUUGACCAAUCGGAGAGGAAAUCUGAUAGUGAUUUGACCAAUCGGAGAGGGAAUCUGGUAAUGUUUUGACCAAUCGGGGAGGGAAUCUGGUAAUGUUUUGACCAAUCGGGGAGGGAAUCUGGUAAUGUUUUGACCAAUCGGGGAGGGAAUCUGGUAAUGUUUUGACCAAUCGGAGAGGGAAUCUGGUAAUUUUUUGACCAAUCGGAGAGGGAAUCUGAUAAUGUUUUGACCAAACAGAGAGGUUAACCGUGACAAGGACAGAGACCUUAGCACGUAUCGAUACAUCCUAAUCACACACAGAUAACUGAGAUAUUUUUUUAUGGACGAAGUGUAUUUUUUGUAAAUAUUUUAUUAAAAACAUUUCAUUGUGUAAUUUAUUGUUAUUUAUUUAUUAGAUUUGACAAUGCAUAUGAAAGAAGAUUACUAAGGAUGAAUUCACGUUUGGCUUAGAUAUUAAACUAUUUACGCCGAGUUAUUACUAUGUCAAUUAUUAAAAUUAUAUGUUAAAAAACAACAUAAUAGUCAACAUUGUCACUUCCGCAAAAUGUGUCAAAUUACUCUGAUCAUAAUCUUAGAAAGAGUAAUAACAUUAAAAUACUAUAACAUAGAGUGCAAGCAAGGACAUCAUUUUAUACAUGACAUUUUUGGUAGCAGCAAUAGUCUACAAGAACGUGAUUUACAAGAAACAAUAUAAAUAGGGUCACCAAGUCAAUUCAUAACACUUCUUAAACCAAAAGACACUCCGGAUCCGCCUAGAAAAUAAUGCUUCCUUGAAUACGGAGGUAGAAAUACCAACAUUAAUCUGUUUUGCAUUGCCAGCUAUACAUAAUAACGGUAGUUCUUUAAAUUACGAGCUCUUUAAAGCCAAUUUACGAAAUGUCUAUUCUUUCGACACAGGAUGUCAUUGAGAUAGUUUUUAAUAUUACUUACCAUACUUUCACAAAAUUUGAAUGACCGCGUCAUGUUAUUUCGAAA